AAUGUAAAUGUUCUGUGAAUAGGCACGACUAGAGUGCCAAGUGAUUUUGACCACAAAUGUCAAUUGCAAAGAAAACGGGAAUUAAAAUUGCCUCAACUGCCAAGUUUUUUAUAUAUUACAAAGGCAACAUAUUAGAUUACUACGCAAUCGGAAUGCUUCCUCUUCAAUAUGGAUCUACGAUCUAUCCUAUAUAGCUAUUACGCAUCGACGCUGCUCCAUUUUUUUCUUGCUAUUACUACAUAUAAUUUAGUCGCACAGGAUAGUUACCAGUAGCCUGAGACCUCAAUAGAAAAUUUAUUCAGCUCUUCAAGUCCUCGUUUUGUGAUAAAUUCAAAGGGAAUGCGAAAGAAGGGAAUCAUCAAAUUUGUUUCUUCAGUAUUUAAAAAAUAACCUGUCAUCCUUCUGCUGUGGUGCUUUGCAAAUGGUUCAAAAAAUAAUCACGUCUCGAAAAUUAAUUGUUUGCAGAGUGAAAGUAAUCUCCCGAUAAAUCCGGAAGUUCGAAUGCCUAGUGAAAAGGAAUAUUGAAUUUGCUUCGGCCAUGUCUAUAAUAUUUAGAAAAAAAAAGUGCUUUAAAUCAUCAGUGAAUUACCGCUUAAGAGAUUCAGCAUUACAGUGUGUUCGUCGAUCUCAGUUUUGCAAGUAUAUGUGCUACAGAAAAUUAUUGUGCUUCCGCUUUUUCUACUAGUAUUUCGUCAAUCGACAGCUCAAAAAGUGUUAUUUUCGUGUGAAUUUAACUCAGGAACAAGACAAAUUAUUUAGUAUCUUGUGGAUUCUAUACUUCAAUUUUGCUAAAAAUUUCUGCAAUUUGAUUGUGCUGUUUUGCGAAAAAGUGAAAUUCUUGUUAAUUAAUUUUUCUAAUUUUUAUAAGUGUGUGCGAGCAAAUUAAGUAACAAAGUUUAAGCUAUUUGAACUAUUUAUAGUGAAGGAUAUUAAGAUGAGUUCAAGUCUUAAGGAACGUCUGAAACGCUGUUCAAGAAGCCAUUCAAGUCCUUUAACUAAAUGUAUUUUACCCAGUUCUCCUGUCAUGUGUAAGCCACAUGAAUUAAGUACAAGUUUUAAAUCUGAUCCAGCAACAGCUGUAUAUCCUUCACCGAGUGAUAAUAUAUUGAAUGAAACUAUUGUUCCAAAAUCAAAAGAAGAAAUUGAAGAAGUUCAAGAUAAGUGUCUGCUUCUUCAAAUGUAUUGUGCUUUAAAUCAAAGUAUAACAGCAAACAAAGAAAAGAUAAGAAAAUUGAAACUGGUAUUGCAGCAUCAUAAUGAGAACAAACCUGAAGCACUGGAGGCAUUAAUUCAGCGAUGGGUUAUUGCUGCCCAAGAAUCACUUAGCAAACUUCAUGAAAUACUUCCGGAACCAAAACCUCAAACUUUUCAAGGUUUGAUCAGCCAUUUGCAAAUUGAUCCUGAUGUCAUAAAAUAUAAUUCUGAAAAGGACAGUUUCGCUUAAUUUCCCAUUUUGAUGCAAGAACAGAAUUUAUGUAUUUGUAAUAUUCGAGAAAUAUAUGUUAAUAUUAAAAUAUUCUCAUGUUGAAUUUAUUA